AAAGCAAUAUUUAGAUGUUUAGACCGCUCCUCACCGGACGCACUUUUUUCUUUUAUUUAUUCUUAAAAAUCGUAAAAUUGCCAUAAUGCAGGAUGUUGUUGCACCAGUUUCACAUAUUACAUUUGAUAUUGAGAUUGCUCUCAAUAAUCAGCUUGGUUCUAUGCCUUUGCCAUUCCCUGGAAUGGACAAAUCUGGGGCAGCAAUAUGUACAUUUUUCCUGACACCAGUAGGGUGCAGCAAGGCCACAGCUUGUCCAUUUAGACACAUUAAAGGGGAGAAAACUGUGGUUUGUAAACACUGGCUAAGAGGUCUGUGUAAGAAGGGAGACGACUGCGAAUUCUUGCACGAGUUUGACAUGACCAAGAUGCCUGAGUGCUUCUUUUUUAGCAAAUACGGUCAGUGUAACAAUAAGGAAUGUCCUUUUCUACACAUUGAUCCUGAACAGAAAGUUAAAGAUUGUGCAUGGUAUGACAGAGGAUUUUGUAGGCAUGGACCAAACUGUAAGAACCGUCAUGUAAGGCGACUGAUUUGUCAGAACUAUCUCUGUGGAUUCUGUUUAGAUGGACCAAAGUGUAAAUUCAUGCACCCUAGGUAUGACUUACCUGUACAAGAUGACAAAACAAAGAAGUUUCAUCAAACAGUUACCUGUCACAAUUGUGGGGAAAGUGGUCACAAGUCUUACCAGUGUCCUAAACUACAUGCCCCCUCAGUAUCUACAGUCAUUACAACUAGUGGUAAUACAGUCGAAAUAAAGCCUGUAGGAACUCGUAUCGGUGCAGGGAUACCAGGCAGUGGAUCCCACUAUGGCAGAGGGACUUUUGCACACAGAGGUCAGCCUAGACUAGGAUUUAACUUCAAAUCUGAUAAUGACCAAAAUCAGAAUCUAGAAUUUGUCACAUGUUUUAAAUGUGGAUUAAAGGGCCACUAUGCCAACAGAUGUCCUAAAGGGGACCUUGCUUUUCUUAGUUCUUCAAACAUACAGACAACUACCUGACGUUUUACAGCACAUACCUGACCUUAUCUCCAGAGAGAUGAAAUUAGUGUUGGUUAAAAUAUGCUGCUGUGUGUGUUUAUCACAACACCCUCAUUUAUAGAUGAAAUUUUGUCUUAACUAUUUGUUACAGAAAAUAAAUUACUAAAAGAUC